UGCCGAUCUGCAGUCACUGCCUCUACCACCACCGCCAGGAGAGCUUGAGCUGAGAGGAAGCUACGGUUCUCACUACUCAGACCCAGAACACCCCCUUCCAAUGACCUGUUAAAACAUGGUGGAUUACUAUGAAGUUCUAGGAGUGCAGAGAUAUGCUUCACCUGAGGACAUUAAAAAGGCUUAUCAUAAAGUGGCACUUAAAUGGCACCCUGAUAAAAAUCCAGAAAAUAAAGAAGAAGCUGAGAGAAAAUUCAAAGAAGUAGCUGAGGCAUAUGAAAUAUUAUCAAAUAACGAAAAACGGGACAUUUAUGAUAAAUAUGGCCAGGAAGCAUUAAAUGGUGGAAGCAGAUGUCAUUUUGAUGAUUCUUUUGAGUAUGGCUUCACAUUUUAUAAGCCAGAUGAUGCCUUUAGAAAAAAUUUUGAUGAAAGGGAUCCGUUUUCAUUUCAUUUCUUUGAAGACUCACUUGAGGACCUUUUAAAUAGUCCAAGAAGCUCCUAUGGAAGCAGGGGUACCUUCAGAGAAUAUCCAGUUUUUGAGAGAUUUUCUUCAUAUGAUACAGGAUAUACACCAUAUGGUUCAUUGGGCCAUGAGGGCCUUAAUUCAUUCUCCUCCUUGGCAUUUGAAAAUAGUAGGAUGGGCAACUACAGACCCGUUAAAACUUUGGGUAAGACUGUUAAUGGCAGAAAUACAAAUACACAGAGAAUUAUUGAGGAUGAUCGAGAAAGAGAAGUUGAAGAUGAUGGCAAGCUGAGGUCCUUCCUUAUAAAUGGUGUGGCAGAUGAAGAGCACUUUGCAGAAGAAUGCAGCUGGAGAAGACAGUCAUUUAACAAUUCUUCACCAAAGUCCUACAGCCCCAAACAUGUAACUCAAUAUACUUUUGUGGACAAUGAUGAGCAAGAUAUGGCUUGGGUCACCAGCAACUGGGAUCCCUCUAUUUUCUCAGCAGGAUUCAAAGAAGGUGGUAAGAGGAAAAAAAAGAAGCAUAAAGAGGUGCAGAAGAAGAAGUCAACCAAAAGGAAUCAUUAAACUGACUCUUCAGACAACUAUGUUCAUAUAACAAUUGAACACGACUCUGUGUGUUUUGGUUAA